AUGGUCUCCGACGAACACUACGAGAUCUGUCUCCCCAUCCUGCAAGAUGCCACCCUAGAGGACGAGGACAAGACCGACCGGCUCGAGGACCUCCUCGCCAAGGAGACCAACCUGAGAGACUCGGCCCUCGAGCACGCCAUACUCGACGCCUUGUGGCGAUAUCGCGACGGAGGCUCCAGCGCCGCCUCACCGCCUCCCAUCCGACAGACCAUCCUCCGACGGCCCUCGCCCGCCUCCUGGCGCCAGAACAGCAGCACCCCGCUGUCGAGCUCGCCCCGUCUCGGCGUCAGCCCCCUCGCGCCCCCGGGCUUCGUCCCCUCCGGCUUUGGCCGCAACAAGCCGUCCGCCGUCUCGCCCUUCUCCUCGCCGAGACCCUCGCCGAGGCUCGCUUUCGCCACGCCCGCCAUACCCCACAGUCCCAACCUCAACGCCUACGAGUUUGCCAAUGACCCGACCCCUUCUGCCGAGACGUUCGGCGACUACCAGACGGAAAAUGUCGAGUGGCUCGUCGCCGACGAUGCCGUCAGCGUCACAUCGUCCGUCGGCACGUCAAGCGGCCUCAACGCCGCGGCCCCCGAGUUCUCGUCCCUCUCGUCGCAGCAGAAUGACAUGUCGCCCUACGAUAUGCUGCGCUCCAUACUGGGACAGUCGCGGACGGAUGACGAGAUCGAGGCGGCUCUUGCCGUGCACGGCUAUGACCUGAGUGCCGCCAUCGUGGCCAUUAUGGAGAGCCAGGCGCAAGACGGCUCCUUCCCGAGCCUGCAGGCCGAGGAGACCAAGUCCAUCGUCAUUGGCAAGUCCAUGGCCACCGAGGCGCGGCCCGCAACGCCGGCCGGCCAGCAAAGGUCGGGCGUCAUUUGCAAGUUCUACAUGUCCACAGGCCAGUGCCUGCGGUCCGAUUGCCGGUUCAGCCACGACCUCAGCAAUCAUCUGUGCAAGUACUGGGUCAUGGGCAACUGCCUCGCAGGAGACACGUGCAUCUUCUCACACGAUCCGGCCUAUCUCAUGAACAAGCUCGCGCUCGACGGCGCCAGCACGCCUCCUACUAAGCAGGCCACCAUACAAGUAUCAGACUACAACUCGUUCCCGCUGCUCCAGCCGGGGACACCCGAACACGGCGCCGGCCAGACCAACGGCGGCUACCCAUUCGUCGGCAUCACGCCGCCCCCGGGUCUCAAGCCGUUCCACGCAGGGGAGAGCCCCAGGUCUCGGUCUCGUCCCGGCAGCCGGCAGCAGCAACCCCGCGAGGCGGUCGUCAUUGCGCCCUCCCUCGAUGAUGCCGACGCCUUCCCGUCCCUUGGCUCGGCCGCGGCCAAGCAGCCGAAGAAGCACCACGGCAAAAGGGGCGGGCACAACCACAAGGACAACUUUGUGGCGCCUAGUUCACUGGCGGAAAUUGUCAAAAUGUCGCCCUCGCCGGCGCCGGCGGUGUUGCGGCAGGACCCGAAGAAGAUUGGGCGCAACGGCAGCUCGACCAAUAUCCGCAACGGGGAGAACAGCCUGGCGGCACAGGCGAUCCAGAGCCCGAAGCAUAUCCCCUGGCUGGAGACGGGCGAGCGGGCCAACAAGCUCUACCUGAAGGCGCGCCAGGAGGCUAUCAAGCACGGCGGCCUCAGGAACAAAUUCCUGCAGAGCGCUGCGCAGGCAUGGAACCGGAACGACGCGCGGGCCGCCAAGGCGCUGAGCCUGCGGGGCCAAAGCGAGAACGACCUCAUGCGGAAAGCGCAUCGCGAGGCGGCGCGGGAGCUGUACGAAGAGCGCAACAGGGCCAACUCGACGAGUGCCGAGAUGUACGUCGACCUGCACGGGCUGCACCCCGAGGAGGCGGUCGAGUACCUGGAGCGGGUGCUGGCGGAGAACAGCAAGGAGGGGCGUCCCAUAUACGCGAUCACGGGGACGGGCCACCACAGCAAGAGCGGCAAGGACAAGGUGGGCAAGGCGAUCCGCAACUUCCUCAACGAGUGGCGGUACGCAUACCGGGAGUUCUCGGUGCCGGGGGACCGGAACAACAUGGGCGGGAUCCUGGGCAUCGACGCGACGAGCUACGACAAGAGCCUCGCCAGGUCGGGCGCGGCGAGCCCAUCCGAGAGCAGCAGCAAGGAGGAGGUCGACAUUCUGAGUCAGGGCGUCGAGAUUGGGGAUGGCAAGGUGAGGCUGCUCGUUCGAGACCCGCCCAAGGGACCGAGCGCAAGACGGUCAUGA